CGCUAUAACAUCUGCGUCACCGGGCGUGCUGUUCCUCCCUCAUCCCCUGCUACUGUUCGCGCCGUCAGCGGGGCUCGGGGCGUUCCCGCGGGCACUGCUCGCUGCGGCCGCCGCCUUUGUUCCCUCUCUGUGUGCGGAAGAGCGAGCCCCGGCUUCCCGGGACAGCCGGGCCGCCACCGUCUCUCUCUCUCGGCAGACGUUGCCGCUUGGCGGAGAGGCGGGCGCUGGGCGCAGGGCCGGCCCGCGGCGGAGAAGGGCCGACGAUGGACCGCGAGGGGCCGGACGCCGCCCGCCGGGAGGCAGAGCGGGAGCGCGGCCGUUACCUGGACCGCCGAGCCGUGGCCCAGGAGCAGCUGGCGCAAAUAAAGGAGCACAAACAUCAGGCAGAUCUGGCCAAGCUAGAAGACAAAAGAGAAGGCGAACAAAUACAGAGAUUGAACCGACUGUACCAACUGGAAAUUCAGAGAGGAAAAGAAAAGGAACAGGAGGAAAAAGCUGAACGCCAGAGGCUGCAUCAUGAGUAUGUAGCUGAACAGAAAAUAAUUAAAGCUGAAGAGAAACAAAAAGAAGAUGAUGAUCGGAUUAAGGCUUAUAUUAAAGGAAAAGAAAUGAUGGCUGAUCUGACAAGAGAAAAAGAUGCAGAGACUAAUAGGCUAACACAGGUGCAUAAGGACAAAGCUUUUGCACAACUAACUGCACAGAUGAAUGAGGCAUGCAAAAUUGAAGAUGAUCGUCUUGCUAGAGGAGCUGCAGAGGUAGAAUAUGAAUACCAAAUGAAAAACAAAGAGAAAGAAGCGAAAAAAAAGGCUACCAUUGAAUCUAUUGCUGAACACAGAGCCACUGUGAUGAAGAUGAAAGUAGAAAAGGAGAGAGAGGAAAAAGCAGAGGAUGAGAGGGAUCGUAAUCAGUGGAUGACAGCAGAUCGUAUCUACCUGGAAACAGAAAAAGCCAAGAAACAAAGACAACGUGACGCAAACAUGGAAGUGCAGAAAAUUCAGAUCCAGCAAAUGGUGCUGAGGUUGGGGACCAGCCUCUUCUCAGAGCAGUGGAGCAGAAGCCUCUUCCAGGCUGACUUGGCCCAUGCUGGUUGGGGAGGAUUACCUGGGAGGGCUGGUAAUAAGGAAGAGAUCAACAAUGACAGAUUGCAUCCUGUCCUGUGUCUUUUUGCCAUUUUUUCAGUCAUGCCACUACUGCACUCUUGUAUCUUCUGGGCAGGUCACCAAAGAGCAGCAGCUGAUGCUGAUGUUCACUCAGCUAUUCAAUGUACCCUUUAUGUGGGGGGUAUGGCAGGGGAGAGAAGUGGGGAGGCAUGAUAUUUGACAAGUAUCGACUAGGUAUCUACUCACAUC